GCCGGACGAAUAUCGAAUAUUUUUGUAUAUCGCAUCGCGUUCGCGUACAACGCCGAUGGAUGAGAGUGAAAAGAAUGGCUAGUUUGCGGUGUUUUUGAAGCGAAUUUAAGGGCUCGCUAAUGCUUUAACUAUGUGAUGAAUGCCGGAGAUUUAGUUCUGAUGAAAUUCAAGAAUAUCGAUCAUUAAAAAUAUCGAUAACGUGGUACAUUUCCGCCACCCGAUUCCCAGUGCGCGUAAAAGGUUUUGAACUUUAGCUGACUACUCGCAAAUAAACGUGCUAAUUUAUUUAUCGGUAUUAUCGUAAUUUGGGUGUUAUACGUAUGUACUUGUUUAUCUACUUAUACACGUGGUAUUGCAGAAAAUGUAAAUGGAGAUUUACAAUUAGUACUUUGCGUCAACACUUGGUCAGACUCUGCAACCUUGAGCUUAUCAGCAAUAAUAGAUAUCAGGCAUUUCUUGGCGAAAAUCGUGUCGCGCGUUACAAUUUAUUAUUACCAGUAUAAUGCAAGUUGGUGUAGACAGCAUGCUGGAAAUCAGCCAUGAUCUGGACCGUGUAGAGGAUGCAGAGGAGGUAGAAGAGUUUGCCAUGACGUCGCUAGCGAAGCUUGUAUUUGUCGAUACACAUUCCAGACGCUCUCCAGGGGAUCAGACUGAGGCUGAUCAUAAUCAGGCUCUCUCGUUAGCUUUUGAAAAUUUAUUCCACAUGCCAUUCGACAUCAUCGAAACAUAUGGCAGCACUCUUAGUACUUUAGAUAUCAGCCAUAACAAAUUUAGUCGAAAUCUUCAGUUCUUAGCUGAAUUUGAUAAUAUGACGUCUUUAAAUCUUGACCACAACGAAAUCGAUCCUUUCACGAUAUUUCCACCGAUGCCUAAGCUUCAACUUUUGUGGCUGAAUCAUAAUAAAAUUGACGACUUGUAUCCAUUCAUAAAAAACCUUUACACCAGUCUGCCAAAUCUCCGUUAUCUGUGCCUAAUGGGAAAUCCAGCUGCGCCAAGUUAUCUGAACGGUGGGUCGUUCUAUGAAUACUUACAAAGCAGGCUGUUCGUUAUAUCGUGGUUUCCACAUUUGGUUCACUUGGAUGACAGAGCUGUGACACCUGAGCAGCGACUGGAAGCAAAGAGACUUUUCAGGAGACCUUUACUGGACCAGAUAGCUGGGACUGCACAAGUACCGGAGUGUAUCAAGCACCUACACAACAAAGUAUCAAACAUAUUCUCCAAACCAACACUGCCAGUAACGUCCAAAGUACCGAAAGGUUCAAAUUUUGUUAUCUAAGCAGUAUUACAAUUAUUUGUAAUCCAUAUUUAUCAUUUUAUACCUAUAAGAUAAAGCCGGUUAAAUAUGCGGCUCAUAAGACUGUCUGACGGCGCUUUAUUUUUCUAAAUCUCAAACGCUAAAACGUGUCGACUCAAAUUACUCACUGCACAAUCCAUGAAUUUACGAUAAAAGAGGGGGAAAAAAAAUUAUAUAACUAUCUUAUUCUAGGCAUAUGUUCUGUUGUCGUCAUUUAAAUCAUUCGUAUUUUUUAAUGUAAAAUUUCUCACCCCACAGAUCGACCAAUGUCAAUUUGAAUGUAAAUGUACUCUGAUUCGCAUAAUUAAUGUAUACGUACUUAUAUAAAACAAAUAAAAGAAGUCAAUUAAUA